GUGUGAGAUGCACAAUGCGAAACCUAGGCCCCAGCUUUUGCACCAUGAUGCACAGGGUUGUACUUUUUGUACUGAACUGAUAGGUGGCCUAGUGGUUAUGCCCUGUACUACCAUUUUGAGGAUCUGGACUCCGUUCCUGCUUUGCUCUUUGGACCACAUUGUCAAUUCACACCGGAAAAGUUGCUGUGAGCUCUUAGAAAAACAUGUAAUCUGCAGUUUCAAAGGUUUCCUGGUUUUGACACUCAAAAAACGAAGGUGAAACAAUUGGGCUUGAAGGCUGAGAUUUAGAUCCCUAACACAGUUCCAAGACAAGACAGCAGCUAGAGAAAUCCUAAAAUCUUAAGAAUUUCAGCAGUGUUCCAGAAAUAAAGGUUUGGAAAUUAAGAGGAGAGACUAAAAGAUUUUUGAUGAGUUGACUAAGAAACUAUGUUCCAACUUCCUGUCAACAAUCUUGGCAGUUUAAGAAAAGCCCGGAAAACUGUGAAAAAAAUACUUAGUGACAUUGGGUUGGAAUACUGUAAAGAACACAUAGAAGAUUUUAAACAGUUUGAACCUAAUGACUUUUAUUUGAAAAACACUACAUGGGAGGAUGUAGGACUGUGGGACCCUUCACUUACAAAAAACCAGGACUAUCGGACAAAACCUUUUUGCUGCAGCGCUUGUCCAUUUUCUUCAAAAUUCUUCUCUGCCUACAAAAGUCAUUUCCGGAAUGUCCAUAGUGAAGACUUUGAAAAUAGGAUUCUCCUUAAUUGUCCCUACUGUACCUUCAAUGCAGACAAAAAGACUUUGGAAACACACAUUAAAAUAUUUCAUGCUCCAAACGCCAGCGCACCAAGUAGCAGCCUCAGCACUUUCAAAGAUAAAAGCAAGAAUGAUGGCCUUAAACCUAAGCAGGCUGACAACAUAGAGCAAGCUGUUUAUUACUGUAAGAAGUGCACUUACCGAGAUCCUGUCUACGAAAUAGUUAGGAAGCACAUUUACAGGGAACAUUUUCAGCAUGUGGCAGCACCCUACAUAGCAAAGGCAGGUGAAAAAUCACUCAAUGGUGCUGUCCCCUUAGGCUCAAAUGCCCGGGAAGAAGGUAGUAUUCACUGCAAGCGAUGCCUUUUUAUGCCAAAGUCCUACGAAGCUUUGGUACAACAUGUCAUCGAAGACCACGAACGCAUAGGCUAUCAGGUCACUGCCAUGAUCGGGCACACAAAUGUGGUAGUUCCCCGAACCAAACCUUUGAUGCUAAUUGCUCCUAAACCUCAAGAGAAGAAGGGCAUGGGACUCCAGUCGAGAAUUGGUUCCCUUGCUUCUGGAAACGUCCGGUCUUUGCCGUCACAGCAGAUGGUGAAUCGACUCUCAAUACCAAAGCCUAACUUAAAUUCGACAGGCGUCAACAUGAUGUCCAGUGUUCACCUGCAGCAGAACAACUAUGGCGUCAAAUCUGUAGGCCAGGGCUAUGGCGUUGGCCAGUCAAUGAGACUGGGUCUAGGUGGCAGCCCACCAGUUUCCAUCCCUCAGCAGUCUCAGUCUGUGAAGCAGUUACUUCCCAGUGGAAAUGGAAGAUCUUAUGGGCUGGGGUCAGAGCAGAGGUCCCAGGCACCAGCAAGAUACUCCCUGCAGUCCGCCAAUGCCUCCUCUCUCCCGUCAGGCCAGUUAAAGUCUCCUUCCCUCUCGCAGUCACAGGCAUCCAGAGUAUUAGGUCAGUCCAGUUCCAAACCUCCUGCAGCUGCCACGGGCCCUCCCCCAGCUAAUACUUCCUCAACUCAGAAGUGGAAAAUAUGCACGAUCUGUAAUGAGCUUUUUCCUGAAAAUGUCUAUAGUGUGCACUUCGAAAAAGAACAUAAAGCUGAAAAAGUUCCAGCAGUAGCCAACUACAUUAUGAAAAUACAUAAUUUUACUAGCAAAUGCCUCUACUGUAAUCGCUAUUUGCCCACAGAUACUCUGCUCAACCAUAUGUUAAUUCAUGGUCUGUCUUGUCCGUAUUGCCGUUCAACUUUCAACGAUGUGGAAAAGAUGGCAGCACACAUGAGGAUGGUUCACAUUGAUGAAGAGAUGGGACCUAAAACAGAUUCUACUUUGAGUUUUGAUUUGACAUUGCAGCAGGGUAGUCACACUAACAUCCAUCUCCUUGUAACCACGUACAACCUGAGGGAUGCCCCAGCCGAAUCUGUCGCUUACCAUGCCCAAAAUAACCCUCCGGUCCCUCCAAAGCCACAGCCAAAAGUUCAGGAAAAAGCAGAUAUCCCUGUUAAAAGUUCACCUCAAGCUGCAGUGCCCUAUAAAAAAGAUGUCGGGAAAACCCUUUGCCCUCUUUGUUUUUCAAUCCUGAAAGGACCCAUAUCUGAUGCACUUGCACAUCACUUAAGAGAGAGGCACCAGGUUAUUCAGACGGUUCAUCCAGUGGAGAAAAAGCUCACUUACAAAUGUAUCCAUUGCCUUGGUGUGUAUACCAGCAACAUGACCGCCUCGACUAUUACUCUGCACCUCGUUCACUGCAGGGGCGUUGGAAAGACUCAGAACGGCCAGGAUAAGACAAAUGCUCCCUCUCGGCUUAAUCAGUCACCGGGACUGGCACCUGUGAAGCGCACUUACGAGCAAGUGGAGUUCCCUUUGCUGAAAAAGCGGAAGUUAGAUGAUGAUAGCGAUUCACCCAGCUUCUUUGAAGAGAAGCCUGAGGAGCCUGUUGUUUUAGCUUUAGACCCCAAGGGUCAUGAAGAUGAUUCCUAUGAAGCCAGGAAAAGCUUCCUAACAAAGUAUUUCAACAAACAGCCCUAUCCCACCAGGAGAGAAAUUGAGAAGCUGGCAGCCAGUUUAUGGUUGUGGAAGAGUGAUAUUGCUUCCCAUUUUAGUAACAAGAGGAAGAAGUGUGUCAGAGACUGUGAGAAGUACAAGCCUGGUGUGCUACUGGGCUUCAACAUGAAAGAAUUAAACAAAGUUAAGCAUGAGAUGGAUUUUGAUGCUGAAUGGCUAUUUGAAAAUCAUGACGAGAAAGAUUCCAGAGUCAAUGCUAGUAAAACUGCUGACAAAAAGCUCAACCUUGGGAAGGAGGAUGACAGUUCCUCAGACAGUUUUGAAAAUUUGGAAGAAGAAUCCAAUGGAAGUGGUAGCCCUUUUGAGCCUGUUUUUGAAGUUGAGCCUAAAAUCCCUAAUGAUAAUCCAGAGGAGCACAUACCGAAGGUAAUUUCUGAGGAUGCUUUAGAACCUGAGAAGCUAGACCAAAAAGAAGAGGAUGGUUCAAAAUACGAAACUCUUCAUUUGACUGAGGAACCAACCAAACUGAUGCCUGAUGCUUCCGAUAGUGAGGUUGACCAAGAUGAUGUUGUUGAGUGGAAAGAUGGUGCUUCUCCAUCUGAGAGUGGCCCUGGUUCCCAACAAAUGUCAGACUUUGAGGACAACACAUGUGAAAUGAAACCAGGAACCUGGUCUGAUGAGUCUUCCCAGAGUGAAGAUGCAAGGAGCAGUAAGCCAGCUGCCAAAAAAAAGGCUACCAUGCAAGGUGACAGAGAGCAGUUGAAAUGGAAGAAUAGUUCCUAUGGAAAAGUUGAAGGGUUUUGGUCCAAGGACCAGUCUCAGUGGAAGAAUGCAUCUGAAAAUGAUGAGCGCUUAUCUAACCCACAGAUUGAGUGGCAGAAUAGCACAAUUGACAGUGAGGAUGGGGAGCAGUUUGACAAUAUGACUGAUGGAGUAGCUGAGCCAAUGCAUGGCAGCUUAACCGGAGUUAAACUGAGCAGCCAACAGGCAUGAGUGCCAGAUUCUCUGGCAUCGGUGACAAAAUGCAGCCUGGAACUCUGCUCUGCUCUUAGUAUGACUGCAAAGCUAUAUUCUGACUGGUACUGCCUUCUGAGUGCUGGAUCAUCAGGCUCUAGGGACAUGUGGCCACUGCGUCCCCAGUGGUUAUUUCCAUGACACAUGAUUGGCUGAUCUUGCUUCAGAACUUGCUGUGACAGAUGCAGUAACUAAAUGUGAAAAACCAAUAAGCUGGUGGCUCACGAAUGCACACGGGGAAAAGCAGUGAUUUAUUUUAUCUGCCUUCUCAACAUUUCUUUCCCUCUGUAAAAUGUUUGGUUGGAUGUCUUUGAGAAGUGUUACCCGAUUCACAUGGUAGUGUAGGGCCAACAUAUGAGCUACCAAUCCAAUGUGUAUAGUAGACUUUGGGGAAAAUUGAUUUUUUUUCAUGUAUUCAUUCUGAAUAGUUGAAAUGUAUAUUUGUACAGUCUUUUAGACCUAUUCAAGUGAUGCUUAUGAUAUUGUUAUUGUGUACCCAUCAUAGAUUUUUUUUUAGUGUUGCCCUUGCUGUGUAAUAAACGCUACAUCUAGUUUACCUAGCAAAAGCUUGAAAUUACGCUAGUAUGAACUUUUGGACAGAUUUAGUUUUUGCACAUAACCUUGUACAAUCUUGCAACAGAGGCCAGCCACAUAAGAUAUAUAUCUGGACUCUCUUGUAUUAUAGAUUUUUUCUUGUUCUGAAUAUCCUUGACAGUACAGCUGACAAAACAAAAACUGGUAUUUCAGAUCUGUUUUCUGAAAUCUUUUAAGCUAAAAUCACAUGCAAGAAUUGACUUUGCAGCUACUAAUUUUGACACCUUUUAGAUCUGUAUGGAAGUGUGUUGUGUUGAGGCAGCCAACCAAUGAGUGCUGCGUUUUGGAUAUUUAGUUUUAUCUUUAGUUAAACACCACCUGGUGUAUUCAUUUAUACCAUCUAAUAUAUGACACACUGUUGUAGUAUGUAUAAUUUCGUGAUCUUUAUUUCCCUUUGUAUUCAUUUUAAGCAUCUAAAUAAAUUGCUGUAUUGUGCUUAAUGUAAAUAUUUGCUUUAUUACACAUUACAGUCCUAUGUGUCCAUUAUGUCUUGUGCCAGUUGAUGCCAUGGCUCUUUCAUCAGAGAUGGAAACCACAGCCACUGAGGAACCUUGUGGAGACCAAGAUCUGCCAUUGGCAUAAAGGAUGCUUUCUCUCUCGAGGCACCUGUUACAGAUUCCUUCGGUUUUGUCUUCCCUUUUAACUGCUAAAAUAAACAUCCUUGAGUUUUUCAGUUCCCCUUUUGUUAAGGAGCAGAGCCUGCAUAUAUAUGUAAAUGUCUUGAUAAAAGGAUGUAAACAUAAAUUGGCAUUAAUUUGCAAGCAGAAUCUUAAUGCCUUGGUGUUCUUUCUUCUGAAUGAAGUAAAUGUUAGUUUUCACCUUAUAAUGGGAACAAUUGUACUAAACAGGCAACUACUCUCUCUCGUUAUAACUCUUGACCAUCUUGCUAUUAAGAAAAAGGCUUUGGAGAUGACACAUUUGGAGGGCUUUCAAGAUGGAAGGAGCUGGUAUGUUUUUACUACGCAUAGAUCCCCAAGAGCAACUCAUAGGAAGAACGGGAAGUUAAGAGGAGGCCAAGUUAGGCCAGUGUUUUCAGCUGUUGUAACAAUGGUGGGAUUAGCUGAUCCUUGCAGACAGCAGAGGCUGGUCAGUCACCUCUCGACAUUGGCCUAGAGUUCUGAAGUAGCUGGUUUCCAUAAUUUCUAAGACACUCCAAAAGAUUCGUCUUGAUAAUGCUUUUGUUACCUGAGAGUAGAAAUUUGACCAGCCCCCCCACUUUAAAUGUCAUGCUACUCAAAAUACAGGAGAAAGCGUAGGAAUAGAAUCUUUAAGGUGUUAGGGGCUGGUGUGGAGCUUUUUGAUUUUUACACAGUUAAGUUACAAAUUCUAUGGACACCAGCUAAUAUUUAGGACAGGAUGUCCCCAAAUACGAAAUCAGGAAAACGUAUUGAGAAGGUUUCUCUUACUUGAGGAUAGUAACACCAGCUGAAUUUAAGCCAUCUCACAUUUAUUUUGAAAUUACUCUGCCUCGUGAACAGGUGGGAACGUGGCCUGGGGCCUGGGCUUACAGCCCUCCUGGAGCACUGAUGAGAGACUGGGUAGAAUAGUGGGCUCCCCUGCUUACACGUUUGAGCAGACAGACGAGUAUGCUGCCUCGCUUAGGUGGGAGUGGACCUUAUUGGCAUUCAGAAAUGGCCACCUGAGAAUUGGAAAUGAAGAUUCCCAACUGGAAAUGUUGAAGAGCCCUAAAAGUGUCUCAAUAAAAGCCAUUUUCAAAGAA